CGGGGGAGGGGCGAGCGCGGAGCCUGCCCGGCCCGGCUCGGCGCAGCACGGCACGGGCUCCUCCGGGACGAGCCGCUCCCGCCUCGCAGCAGCGCAGUUGGGCCGGAACCGGGCCGAGAGCGGCGGCAGGAGCGGGACUUUGCCCCAGACAGGGCCGGUACUGAGGCGCGCGCAGGCCGAAAGCCGCCGGCUCCGCAGCCGAGCGGACCGAGCCCACCCGGGGCCUCGCCGGCAGGCCGGGCCGCCGCGCCCCGCUCUAGCUCGGGCCGAAGCGGGACAGGCGGAGCGGCGGGGCAUGGACUUCUGGGCCUAAAGGCGGCGGCGGCGGCAGCGGGGCGGCCGCCUUUCCCGACCCCCCCGCGGGCGAGCCGGCGGGCGGGGGGUCGGGGCAGGCCGGCAGCGGGACAUGGGCCCCUGCGCGGCGGCCCUCAGGACACCGGCAGCUGGCGGGGCGCGCCGCCCGCCCCCCGCGGGCCUGAGGCCGUAAACAGCGGCGGGGAGCGGGGACCCCGCGCCCGGCGGACACCCCCUCCUGCCGAGAGCUAGCCGGGCCGGGGGCGUGCGGCCCCGUGAGCAGCGGCCCCGCUCCGACGCGUCCCGGCUGUUGCUGGCCUGCCGCCUGCUCGUGCACCGGGGGUUCCCCUCCACGCCGGAGCUCCGGACCGGUGAGGAUUGGUUGCUUCGGAAGAUUUUCGGCCCGCGCUACUUUUCCCCUCUUCCCUAGGGCUUAAGGGAGCAUCGAGGGGAACAGCUUGGUUUUGGGUUUUUUUUUCUCCUGUUUUGUUUUGUUUUUGUUUUGUUGGAGUUUUUCUUGAACAGUCUCCCACACCCCACUUCCGUGGUCUGGAUAUUCUAGGUGACUGCAAGACGAGUUUUGAAGUUGUUCUGGACUUUUUUUUCCUUCCCCCUGCCCUUGAACUGAAUUUGUGCAUGCCUCUUCUGGAGCAAGGCUGGAUCCUGAACCUCAGUGCAUGUGGGGUCAAAGCCUCAAUAAUAUUCCUGCAGUAAUAGUAAAAUGUAAAUUGGAUAAUACGACUUCUUGCCAAAGGCUCCAAUGAGUGGCACACAGUCCACAAUCACGGACAGGUUUCCUCUCAAAAAACCUACAAGACACGGCAGCAUUCUGAGCAGAGAGUCUCCAGCUGACAAGAAACAGAAGGUUGAACGCUGCAGUAGUACACACGACUUUGAUCCGACAGAUAGCUCCUCCAAGAAGACAAAGUCUAGCUCGGAGGAGAGUAGAUCCGAGACGUAUGGUCUUGUUCAACGAUGUGUUGUUAUCCAACGGGAUGAAAACGGAUUUGGGCUGACAGUCAGUGGAGACAAUCCAGUCUUCGUGCAGUCUGUCAAAGAAGAUGGAGCAGCCAUGCGGGCUGGAGUGCAAACAGGUGAUAGGAUUAUCAAGGUGAAUGGCACUCUUGUAACACACUCAAACCAUUUGGAGGUGGUAAAGCUGAUCAAGUCGGGUUCCUAUGUAGCUCUCACUGUCCAGGGGCGCCCACCGGGUUCACCCCAGAUUCCAUUAGCUGAUUCUGAAGUGGAUCUGGCAGCGUUUGGUCAUAUGCCUCCCAUCAUGACAUCUCCCUACUUGCCUGGCACAUCAGGAAAUGCAGAAAGGAUUACUAGCCCAGUGCUUGUGGGGGAGGAGAAUAAUAUUGUCCACAACCAGAAGGUGGAGAUUCUGAGAAAGAUGCUACAGAAGGAGCAGGAGCGGCUGCAGUCUCUGCAAGAAGAGUACAGCCGAUCACCCACAACACGACUGCUCAAAGAGAUACAGGAAGCCAAGAAGCACAUUCCUCAGCUGCAAGAGCAGCUGUCCAAAGCUACAGGCUGUACUCAGGAUGGAGUCUUGUCCUCCAGGUCUGUGACAGAAUCGCUGCAGAUGAGCGAAGUGGAGGCAGAGAGCGGGGAUUGCGUGAGCAAACUGGACUACAGUGGUGAUAGUCCCUCCCGCCCAAACAGUGACAUUGCUGAUAGUCCUCGCAGUGCCUUGAAGGAGCGGAUUUAUCCAGAUGAGAGCCCAGAAAAGACUGAAGUUCAAGAUACUGAUUCCCAGUCCAGUGUUGGAAGUCCUUUAUCCCGAGUGGGACCUCAGAUCAUUGGAGCAGAAGAUGAUGACUUUGACACUGAACAGGAGCAGAUUAAUGGACAAUGCAGCUGUUUCCAAAAUAUUGAGCUCCUGAAGUCUCGCCCAGCUCACCUGGCUGUUCUGCUGCAUCAUGUAGUGUCCCAGUUUGACCCUGCAGCAUUGUUGUGCUACCUGUACACAGACUUGUACAAGCAGACCAACUCCAAAGAGACUCGGCGUGUCUUCCUUGAGUUUCACCAGUUCUUCUUAGACCGAGCUGCAAACCUAAAAGUUCCAGUUCCAGAUGAAAUCUCCUUAGAACUAGACAGGAGAAGGCCAGAACUCCUUCCUGAAGAGCUUCAUCGCCAGUUUAUACAAACUAUGCAAGAUAAAGUCUGUCCAGAAGUUCAGAGGAAUCUGGAAGAUUUCAGGCAGAAACGUAGUAUGGGAUUGACCCUGGCAGAGGGAGAGCUCAGCAAGCUGGAUGCAGAGAGAGUUCGUGACCGGAACGCGGUGGAAAAGGAAAGAGCAUGUGCAGAACAGAUUAUUGCUAAAAUUGAGGAAGUCUUGAUGACAUCUCAGCCUUUGGAAGAAGACAAGAGUUCCACAAUGCAGUAUGUGAUUCUCACUUACAUGAAACACCUGGGAGUCAAGGUUAAAGAACCUCGCAACCUGGAGCAGAAGCGCGGCCGUAUUGGUUUCUUGCCAAAGAUCAAGGUACAAAGUAUCAAGAAAGAGAAAGAAGGAGAGGAAAAAGGAAAGAGAAGAGGCUUUCCUAAUAUUCUGGGCCCACCAAGGAGACCGAGUCGCCAUGACAGCGGUGCAAUUGGCAGAGCCAUGGAAAUGCAGAAGCCUCGCCAUCCAAAGCACUUGCCUACUGCAUCUUCUGUUAGCCCGGAGCCGCCAGAUUCUAGCAAGAUACGCCAGAGCGGGUCCUCCAGUGAUGGAACAGAUGCCCCAUACCCACCUGCCAACCCAAUGUCUCCAUUGGCAGUGGGUCCCUUUUCCUCUCCAGAGGGAAGCAAGGACACUGAAACAGGUUUGAAGCAGACUGGGGAAGCUCCACCUGCAACUGACUGUAUGGAAGGCACACCCCGCACACCUAAUAAUACCUUUGAAUUCCCAUCUCCUUUGGAAAACUUGCAGGAGGAGGAGGGAGAAUCAGAGAGAGUGGUUGACAUGGGAACACCAAAGUCUUUUCGCAAGGUGGACAGUGUUGGCUUCUCAGAUGUACAAAGUGAAGAUGAGCUGUAUGAUUUUGACAUGGACACAGACCCUCCCAACUGGCAGCAGCUUGUGAGCCGGGAAGUGUUGAUGGGGCUGAAACCCUAUGAAAUCAAGCGCCAAGAAGUAAUUAAUGAGUUGUUUUACACCGAGAGAGCUCACGUCCGCACGCUGAAGGUUCUGCAUAACGUCUUCUACCAGCGUGUCACCAGGGAGGGGAUCCUGAACUCCAGCGACAAGCGGAAAAUCUUCUCAAAUCUGGAGGACAUCCUUGGGCUUCAUGUUGUGUUGAAUGAUCAGAUGAAAGCUGUCCGGAAGAGGAACGAGACUUCUGUUAUUGGUCAAAUUGGGGAAGACUUGCUGUCCUGGUUUAGUGGACCAGCAGAGGAGAAGCUGAAACAGGCAACCGCCACAUUCUGCAGUAACCAGCCCUUUGCUCUAGAGGUCAUCAAGUCACGCCAGAAGAAGGACUCUCGCUUCCAGACUUUUGUGCAGGAUGCUGAGAGUAACCCACUGUGUCGCCGGCUGCAGCUGAAGGAUAUCAUUCCCACAGAGAUGCAGAGGUUGACAAAGUACCCCCUUCUGCUGGAUAACAUCGCUAAGUACACAGAACUGCCUGAAGAGAAAGAGAAAGUGAAGAAAGCAGCAGAUCAUUGUCGUCAGGUCCUUAACCACGUGAACCAGGCUGUCAAAGAAUCUGAGAACAAGCAGCAUUUGGAAGACUAUCAGCGUCGUCUCGACCUGUCCUACUUGAAGCAGUCUGAGGAUCCCAUGAUGGACGAGUUCAGGAACUUGGAUCUAACAAAGAGAAAAAUGCUUCAUGAAGGACCACUGACUUGGAAGGUUAAUCGUGACAAAACUAUUGAUCUCUACACUCUGCUUCUGGAGGACAUUCUGGUGCUGUUGCAGAAACAAGAUGAUAAACUGGUACUGAAGUGCCAUAGUAAAAUCUUGGCCUCGACAGCUGACAGUAAACACACUUUCAGCCCUAUCAUCAAAUUGAACACCGUUCUGGUUCGUCAGGUGGCAACAGAUAACAAAGCUUUCUUCGUCAUCUCCAUGUCAGAAAAUGGUGCUCACAUUUAUGAGCUGGUGGCACAGACUGUUUCAGAAAAGAAUGUAUGGCAGGACCUUAUAGCUCAGAUGGCAGGGACUGUAAAAAUGGGGAGUAGCAGAAGAGUGAUUCCAUUACCACAGUCAGGACCGGGCGAAGAAGAGCGUGAAGAAGAAGAGCAGCAGAAGCUCAAAGAGCAGCAUGACAUUCCUGCCAGUAGUCUACAAAGUCCAGAUAAAGAUUUGGGCCUUGAAUCUCCCUUAAUACUGAAUACUCAGUCUUCUUCACCCAUCAUGUCUGAAAAGUCCAAGGUAGAAAGUCUUCUUGUGUCAGAAAGACAGUUUGAUAAAGUGCAGCAGGCAGAGCUGACGCUUAAAGAUUCUUCUGCGUGCUACGGACACACAGCCACCAGUUUACCUUCAGUAUCAGAAGGACAGUGGGCCCUGGAUGCAUUAAGGAACUUGGGCUUGCUGAAGCAACUGUUGGUCCAGCAGCUUGGCUUCUCUGAGAAGGGCAGCCUGGAAGACCGGCAGCGCUUUCCCAGGUUUAGAACCGUCUCUCAAGAAGCCCAAACGGAGAGUGGAAGUGAUCCUGGACUACAGCACUCCGACAACAACAAAUGUCAGCAGCCUGCAACAGAGGAAACGCCGCUGAGAAGCGGAGCUGACGAGUCCACAGGUAGUUCUGGCCUCCGGACUUCAGCUGAGUCGCCAGGCUCAGGGGAUGCCACGCAGCUGGCGGGCAGAGACCCCAGGUCCAGCGGUAACUUAGCGAUGGAGCGCCUGAGCGUGACCCUGGAGGGCUCGGCUGCAGAGCUGGAAGGGCUGGCUCCUGAUGAGAGCGGGGAGCAUUUUUUUGAUGCUCGAGAAGCUCACAGUGAUGAGAAUCCAUCUGAAAGUGAACUAAUGGAAAGGAAGGAGGAAGAGGAUGUGCAAAUACGGAUCUCAGGAAAUUAUUUGAUCCUUGAUGGGUAUGGAACAGUGCAGGAGAGCUCCACGGAUGAGGAGAUUUCGUCUCUGGUCCUUCAGUGCACUGCGGGUGGCCGCGCCUCUUUGGACUCUGCACAGCAGCAGCCACUUUCCCCACGGGACACCCAGUCGGAUGGAGGGAGCUCCCCGUUUGCUGAGGAGAUGAUGGCCUCCCGCUGGGGGGGAGUGGAAGAGUCCUGCUCCUUUGUAGCAAGCCCUCACUUCUCUCUAGAGUCACGCGUGCAGAUGAUGCAGUACAUUCAGAAGAUAGAGGAUGACCUUGAGAAGUUAAAGGAGGUUGAGGAAGACUACACCAUUCUCCGACGCCAAGGGCUGGCUGGCUCAGCCUCCACAGGAGAGCACUCAGACAAAAGCUAGUCGUGCUUUCAGGAGCGGCUGAAGACUGGAUGAAGAGCAUCAGGACACAGCACCCACUGUCUUCUUUGUGGACUCUGAGACGGGAGGGUUUGGACCAUCCAAACGUGAACUAUACUCUAGCAAAGCAGGCAUGGGGUGCUUUUGCUGUGGGGCAGCUGCACUAUCUUGUCAGUGAGGGAGUCUCUUUUAUUCUGCUCCUCUCCUUGCUACCAGUAAUUCAUUUUUUCAGAACAGAAAAACCAAACCAAAUGUACAGAGCUUUGGGUGUAGGAUAUAAAAAUGUAUUUAGACAUUUAAAAAGAAAAAUCAAUGUAUUUAUUUGACUUCAUUCCUUGUAUCAAAAGCACAUUUUAAUUUUUUAAUCUGCCUUUUUUUGUUCUAGUUUAAUUGGGUAGUGACAGUUCUAGCCCUCUGCAUAUAGCACACCCUGCCUACCACUGCUCCUGAACCAAAGGUCAGGGCUGAGGGGAGAGGAUGUGCCUAUGUGCAAGUGUAUCUUCAGUGGACUGGACUCUGCACUCCCUGCUUGCAAUCGAACUGCCAUGUGAAGAGCUACUUAGGAAGGUGUUGGGAUGGCUUGUGGCUGGAACUAUCUGUAUUCAACAAUUGCAUGGGAACUGCUCAUGUACACCACACGUGUCACAAGAAUUUUCCAUGCACUGAAGAGCCAGGCACUUGAGAUGGGCAAAUUUUCUUGUUCCCCUCUCCCAUUAGAGGUUUCCUUUGUUGAUGUGCAAGAUCAGACUGGGAGAGCAGAAAGAUAGGUUUAAUUUUUUCUUGACUUUGUUGGCUUUGAUCAUUGUCUCCUUUGUAAAGUGAUAAAAAUACUUGGACCUGCAGCACUUUUGUAACUCUUCUCUGGAUCAAAAAGAAAAAAAAAAAAUGCAAACCCAGAAGUGUUUCAAAGAUGUGGGGCAGAUCUGUCCCUGAUUCACUACUGAAUGGAUAAGGGCUGCCAUUGGAGUUAGCCACAGGUACUGCUGAUUAUAGGGCCAGUAAGUUUUAGUACCUGAAAGUAUGUCUUGCUGAGGGUUUGGGACGGGGUUUGGGCUUUUUUUGGGGGUGGAGUGGAUUGGUAUUGGGGGUUUUCUUUUGGUUUUAAAAAAACCUGCUUUGUGCCAAUGUGUUCUUACAGGAGCAGAGGUGUGUGAAACGAAGGCUAAACCAACUCUCUAGUACUUCCUUAGGCCUCUCCUAAUGGGUGUUGCUGUCGGAAUUUCUUCCAGUCUGGGAACAAGAUGGUAAAAAUCAGACUACCAGCAGAGCUAACACUGGACAGCCUAGGCAGGCUGUGCCUCUGCUCUGAGGUUGGGCUUAGGGCAGGCAGUUUCUGCUUGGCAUAGGCUGGUUCAAGCUGUGCCUGUGAACAGGGCUGCUAAUGGAAAGCGUGUCAGGCAGUCUCUCUCUUGCACCCUCUUCCCAGGUUUUAAACUAUUUAAGGAACCCAAACUGAACAGCAUGCCAAACCUGUGAAUAGCUUUAGCACCUCAGAACUCUGUAGCAUUCUUUGCAUCACUGCAUGCAUCGUGAAGCGCUGAGAACCUGUCUUUGGUCAGCAUAAAGGUCAUAUGUGCUGCUGCUUAAAAACAAAUGUGUUCUCUUUGGCUGCUGCCAAGAAAUCAGAUCUUGCCUUCAUCUACUCACAUAGGAAAAAAAACAGUUCUUGUUCUUCUCAUUAGAAAUAUGCAAGUGAUAGGUUCCUGUAAAAACUGACAGAGGUUGAGCAGAGGUGGUCUUGGUCCUGGUGUGAAAGCUGGAGCCGUGAGCCCUUACGGAGCAGGGGGGAGUUUCUCUUGUUUUAAGAGCCAGUUGCACAAAGUAUCAUUUUUCACCAGUGGAUCAUUGCACUGCCAACAGAAGCCAAAGUGCUCUCUUCCAGGCUGGCAGGAGCUUCCUCUUUGGAACACACCAAGGCCUGUCCUCUUGCACCUGUGUGAGAAUACUGUCAGUAUUAGCUGAGCACUUCUGUUCUUACAGGGGCGGGAUAUCCACGUCUCACCCUCAGCCAUACGGUUCCUUUGAUUAUAAACAUCUCGACUUCUCUGAUAAGCCCCCAAACUAGAAAGCUGUCUCAUGCUGAUGUGGCACCUUUUACCUGAUUCAGCCAGAAAGAGAACUGUGCUGUAGCCAUGCUUGGUGUUUAAAGGCCUUUCUCUGCCUCAACUCCCCUUCAUCAGUUGGCGUGAUACUUGCCUGGAUCCACACACUCCAGAAACAGGAGCAGUUACAAUGACUUGAGCUAUCCAAAAGCUUUCCAGCAGGCUGCUAAUUGCAAAUCACCACUGAACUCUGUUAGAGUGUAGUCUGGCUUUUCAUGAGUGUGCUGGAAGACCAGCAGGGACAGGAUCUGUGCAGGCCUGGUUGCUUAAAACUCUUUCCUUGUGACUGAAGACAAAGUCCUUGUUUCUCUGGCUUUCUCCAGGUUGCAUGAUGUUAAGGCUCACGGUGAGCAGCAUACUGCACAAGAAGCAUAUAGCUGUUGGGAUAGGCAAAGGGAGCAACCUGCCAGUGCUGCCUCUGGUUUUGUCACCUUUGCAUAAGCAUUUUGCAGUAUCAUCCAGAGCAGCAGAUCACAGAGGGCUUUAAGGGAGGAGAGAAGACCAACCCAUUUGAACCCAGUUUUGUGGACAAUAUAAAUGGCACAUCAUGCUCUGUCCUUUUUGGUUUUUGUUUCAGCUGGUUUUCCUCUGCUACAAAUAGGACAUUACUCCUCUAGAAGAAUAAUGGUGAGGUCCAUUAUCUUCUGAGAGCAGUAACCUGAAAUGAUGGGUGAUUCCUUUUAUCCUCUCUAGCACAUCUACUGUAUGGCACACCUCAGGCCGUGUCUCACUGUGUAGAAGGAGCUGGAACUCAAAUGCACUAUUCAGGAUUCUCACUUUAGUUUCCAUCCCCCCCUUUUAAGCCAUAAGAUUACUCUUGUAAAAUUCCUAUUUCCACUGUAAGGAAGCAUUUUAAUUUGCCCCUGGUUGGUAGUUAAUUGAUUGCACAUUCCCUCACUCAAAGUGGACAGCAGAGCAGGACAAUGUUCUCUGGUUUAUUUGUCCCAGCCUCUUCUCUCCAGUGCUGUGGUUGGAGUUUUUUUUCCCCAAAUAAAAGCUGAGCAAGGGUUUCUUACCUUAGAAACAAAGAUGUGUAGCAACCAUUCUUGCAUAUCCUGCUGGGAAGUGGUUUCUCUAUUAAAAGAUACAGUUCAUGGACAAGCAAACAAGUCAGGCAGGUACUUUCUGGAAUGGGGAAUUUCCUUCUCCUGUAGAAGAGCAAAUACUAGGCUGGUGUUUGAUUACUCUGUUUUCCUGAACAUACCUUGUCUGUAGGGAGGAGAGAUUUCUUCAACAUCCUUUAGUUGGGGUCAGAAAGAAGGAUGAGGAAUGUAAACCUCAAGAGCUACGAAGCCUAGGUGGUUUUGGUCAGCUUUCAGACAGCACUAUGCCUAUUUCUAGUGUUUCCAUAAAACCUGUGAUUUACAGCCACUGUCCCUGUUGUUAGAAGAUGGGUCUGGUGCUUCAGCAGGUGACCCUGGGUUAUAAUCUCAGCACUUGAUGGUAUCUGGUAUUGUUUGCUCCCUCUGUUCCCCAAAGAAGUCACUUAAUUCCCUCCCCUUCCCCCAAAGGUGCCAACUGACAAGCAGAUGUACUGCAAAAGGGAUACUGCAGCCAAAACACUGCUGUUUUACUUUAAGUCUUGUGGAGCUCUCUUCAUACUAGAGUAUUUUUAUUUUCUUUGUACAACAUACAAUCAUGUACUCUUAACAGAGAUUUACUUUAAAGAGAAGAAAGAAAAAUCUGGAAGUAUUCUUUAAAAAAAUACACAAAAAUCUUUAUUAAUAAUCCUGUAUUUUUACUGAUCAUGUUUGAAUGUCUAAAAAGACUUUAUUGUUCUAAUUAUCCAGAUGUAUGUUUGUAAAAUAGCUCUUUUAUGACUUAGCUGAUAAGGUUGUAUGUUUCUGGAAUUAAAUAUUGGUCACUUAAAAAAAAAAUCUGUUUUCAGGAUCUGGGAAAUAGAAAAUUAAAGCGUUUCAAAUAUCAUUAAAUAAGCUUAAAGGAAA